AUGGCGGGAAGUAGUCGAGAAACGCCGGGCGUGGUUCCAGUAACGGUAAAACAGAUAAGUGAAACUUCCCAUUCUGGCGAAGAGAAGGCCAACUUUGUGAUCAACGGCGUCGAUUUUACAAAUGUUACAAUCGUUGGGAAGGUCUCUGAGAAAGCUGAAAGGAAUACUGACAUCACAUUCAUUGUAGAUGAUGGAACAGGAAGAAUUGGCUGCAAAAGAUGGGUAAACGAUACUUUUGACACUAAGCAAAUGGAUGAAAUACAAGAUGGAAUAUAUGUACUGGUAAUUGGGCAUUUGAAAAUAUUUCAAAGUAACAAGCAAAUAUUUGCAUUCUCUGUAAGGCCUGUUACAAAUUUUGACGAAAUUACCUUCCACUUUAUUGAAUGCAUACAUGACCACUUGCGGAAUUCUAAGUUACAGCCCAAAGGAGAUGUAUCGACACAGUUCCAAUCCUCGGAUUCAUCUUUGAAGCCUGCAGUGCAGAGUGGCUCGAGUGGAUAUCAGACAGCAUCUUCAGGACUAUCUUCUGAGCAGCACACUGUUGAUGUCAAAACGAACUGUGACGAAUUGGUCCUUGACUAUCUGCCCUCCAGCGUUGCAAAAGAAAGAGGAAUGCACAGAGAUGAACUGUCCCAACAACUGAAAAUUCCUUCGGAGAAAAUAGUGGACUCCAUAAGGUCUCUUGAAGAUGAAGGUUUGAUAUAUUCCACCAUAGAUGAGUAUCAUUUCAAAUCUGCUGCUGCAUAGAAUUGGUAAGUUUAUAGCCUUUUCUUUAAUAUAUGGACAUGUUCUAGUUGCUUGCUUGAAACAGAUC